UGCUUUUUUAUUUUCUUUUGUUGGUUUUCAUUAAGAAAACUGGAACCAUGUAAAGGGGAAAAGAAAAGAAAGGCCUUCUUGUGAGCAAGCAGUCAGCACGUCCAUUCUAAUACAGGGUCCAGCUGACAUCAAUCCCACAAUACACCUAAUGCAAUCAUACAUAUUAGACAGAGGGUAGUGCCUGCCCUCUCUUUUCCCAGGUAAUUGGACAACAUUUUGUAGUGCCAAACACGCACACAUAUCCCACCAUACAAGUCAUUAUGGGAAUAUCUGACUUGAACUGACCGGAUCCCAGAUUCUUGCCUCGUGGGAUCUUGAUUUCACGGAGGAGAAGAGAGAUCAAGAAAGGGAAGCGGACAAAAACAGUAGGCUCACUUCUGUAGUUCAGCUCAUUGAUCUCGUCCGUUUCUGCAGGCUAUAUAACCCCUGCACGCUACGUCCUUAUCUCCAACCUGAAUAUAUUACGAAAAAACACUUUCUACUUGUUGCACUAAUUUGUGUUUCAAAUGGCUAGCCAGGACGCCUUUCACGGAAUUUUUGAGGUGGAGGUUGUAAGAAAAACAGUUGUUAAAGCAGCAGGUCCUGUGCCCGAGAGUCAUGUUAUCUCCCUUUCAAAUCUUGAUCUCUUGUCGGGCCGAUUUCCAGUCACAUACAUCUACUUUUACAGGCGAACACAUAGCAGCUCCUUGAUACGUGGAAGCCUCAAGGAGUCACUCGCUCAGUGCCUCAGCCAUUUCUACCCAUUCGCAGGUAGGAUUUCUGAGAACCCAAAAUCAGGUGAACCUGAGAUCAUCUGCGACAAUAGUGGAGCGCUCGUGGUAGAAGCACAAGCAAGCAUUUCUCUGGACGAGUUCGACUUUUACAACCUCAACAAGUCUCUUCAAGGGAAGCUCAUCUCUGUCAACCACCAGUUCCCUGUACAGGUUCAAAUCACAAAUUACAUCCGUGGAGGCAUUUCGAUGACAUUCACGUUCGACCAUGCACUAGGUGAUGCAACUGCAUUCAGCAAGUUUCUAGUGACGUGGUCUGAGAUAGCCAUGAAAAAACCAAUAUCUUGCUCACCAGACCAUAGUAGAAGUCUUCGGGCCAGGUUCCCUCCGACUUAUGAUCCAUCAUUGGAUGAAGAAUUUGUCUCCUGCACCAUGGAAGAAAUAUGCAACAUACCCGCAAUUAGUAUAUUGCUCAAACGUCUGUAUUACAUAGAUGAAUCCAGCAUCAAUAGAUUGCAAAGACUUGCAAGCGCCAACGGUAACAAAAGAACCAAAAUCGAGGCCUUUUCAGCUUAUAUUUGGAAGGUUAUGGCAAAUGCUAUCGACAAAAACCAUGAGUUUUGCAAGAUAGGGUGGUUGGUUGACGGACGAUCAAGAUUAUCCAAGUGUCAGAAUUCUAUGUCCAACUACAUAGGCAACGUGCUAUCUCUAGCUUUUGGAGAGUCAAACGUGGCGGAUCUAAAGAAAGGAUCAAUCGCAGGUAUAGCAGAUAUAAUUCACAAAGCUAUCUCAACAGUAACUAAUGAAGCACAUUUCAGGAAUCUGAUUGAUUGGGUAGAGUGCCACAGACCUGGACUGAUGAUAUCAAAGAAUGUUCUUGGUCUCGGUGGACCUGCCCUUGUAAUAUCAUCAGGUAGAAGAUUUCCUGUGGCUGAAUUAGACUUUGGUUUUGGUAAUCCAGUGCUCGGAACAGUCAGUUCAACCAUAGAGGGACUUGGAGUUGGCUACAUAAACCAAAGGCAAAGUGCUGGCGCGGAUGGGUCUUGGACUGUCUCGGCAAUCUUAUGGCCAGAGAUGGUGGAGGCACUUGAAUCAGAUCCUAACCACAUAUUUCAGCCAAUGAAUCUUAAUCAUAUUCAACUGUAAUGUUUCUUUUACAUAAAUAAGCAUCUAAACGGUUACGUUCAUAUACUUCUACUGCUGCUAUAUAUGGCAUUUGUAUUCUUACAUAGACCUUCUAUAUGGUAGAAGGUACAACUUUACUUCGCCAGUUAAUAGCUUAUGGCUUUGCUUCA